AUGAAACAUCCAUCACAUUUGGCAACUUUUCACCUUCAACAUCUUAAAAAACCAUCAAAAAUUAUGAAUAACUCUCCAUUAGGAAAAAGGUUUGCUAACGAGAGUUUGAGACCAAGAUGA